AUGAUGUUUGGCGGUGCAACCGCUCCGUCGGCUCCAGGGUUCGCCAUGGGGGGCUCAAUGCCAGGGAUGCCCCAGAUGAAUCUGGAGCUGCCCCCCGUCUUCGAUCUUGCCAAGCUGGACAGCCUCGAACGGGCCCUGGCCGGCGAUGACUCAGAUGAUUUCGGUAAGGCCAUCGGCAACAACGGGAGCGAAUUUCGGGAGCAGCUCCUGGGCCCUUUCUUCGCGGGGUACGAGAAGAGGCGUCAGUUCGAAGAAAAUCUCAAGAUGCAAACUCAAGUGAACCUUCCGCCGGGCAACCCCAUGGGCCAGUUCUCCAUGAUGCAAAGUGCCCAGCCUGUGCCCCAGCUGCAGUCGUCUUCCGCCCAGAUCGAGAGCAGGCUCGCACAGGUGUUCACCUUCGAGAAGAUCCUGGUGCAGGCCGGCCCGAACGCAUUGCAGAGGUACGUUGCUGACUCGGCGCUCGCGGACUUCGCCAAGGUCGGGCUCACCGACAUGAAGGACAAGCCGAUAGCCUCCCACGAGAUCGAUCCCAUCCUCAGCGUUGCCCUGGAGGUUGCAAGGGAGCUGCGCGAGAACCUCGUGCGGUCCCUCCACCUCGUCCUAUUGGCCAAGAGGUCCACGUCGGACGCCAACGACGCAGUCAUCAAACGCGAAGCGUUCAAGCACUACUUUGCGCAGCAGAGGAGAGUCUUGACGCUGAUCUGCAGAAUCCUGAGGGACCUGGAGAACACGGAGGACAUGACGGAGGGCUGGCUGGCUCAGCACAAGAUCUGCCACAAGAUACUGACAGAGGGAGACAUGCGGGUGUGCGAGAAAGUGGUGCAGGCCUUCAAGGACAACCUUGACAGGCACGCCUCCCUGGUGGGGCUGACACAGGCCGCGUCCAAGGAGAAGAGGAACGGCAUCGAGGGAGAGAUGUGCCUCUUCUGCGAGAUCCUCCAAGGCAUCCUGAGCAUCCCAGACCAAUCAAAGCUUCAGCUCCUGCAGUGGAACGUUUUCGAGGGCAACCUCAACGUCGCCCUCUCCUUCUUCUUCGACAAGCUGGGCUUUGAGAUGGAGAAGACCCGGGAGAAGCAGGAGGCCGGCAUUAACGCCCGGGACGAGUGCGUGACCUUCUACGGGACGAUGGUAUCCUGCGCCAUCUGCCGAGCCGUGCAGGCAGGUCAGCUGGUGUAUCCUGGCAAGUGGCAGCCGUUCAUCGACAGCAUGGCUCGCAAGCUCAAGUGCGGGCAGGAGGAGAUCCUGGGGGACAGUGCCCGCCGCCCCCAUGUCGGGUUCAUCCAGCUCCUCCUUGCCCAGCUGGCGCUGGCCUGCUCGGACGACAACUGGAGGAGGUAUGUGAAGCACGCGGUCAGCCAUCACGCCCUCACGUUCGUCAACACGAACAUCCUCCCGUGCUCGCUGCUGGACCGCUGGUCGGACUACCGCGAAAGGAUCUGGAAAGACAUGGAGAACUUUCUGGACAACAUCCUGAUGAAUCCGAUCCUUGAUGAGGUCGUGAAGCUGCAGGUGGGGAAUGAGCAAGGGUUUCCCAGCCCCAAGUACGAGAUGCUGAUCAACCUUCUGGGAUCCACUGCCAAGGUUUAUGCGAACCUUCCCGCAAUGGCGCAGGCGCUCUUUGAGACGCGCGGGAGCUCCCUUUUCGAGAGAGGAGCGCUGGAGGUGCUGAAGAAGACGGUGAUCAAGCACAUCAGCAACGAGGAGGACGUCAGGUUCCGCGUCUCCCUCAGGAGCGCCUUGUUAGAGCUGUUUCAUGCACUCUUCAACUCCAUCCCUUCCCAGGUCACCGACAGGGCGCAGUCCGGGGUCUUCGUGGACUGGUUCGAGCAGCUGGUGCAGCAGAUUGAACCUCUCCUCACCUCCAACGACCGGCUGUGCAACCUGAACCCCAGCAACCUCAUCCGUGAGCUGCAGGAGUACGCCAGCAGCAUCUGCCGCCUCCUCGAGCUCGAGCUCCCUCGCAGCUCGGGGUACUACGUGAGCGCCGAGCGGCAACAGAUGGUGUCCUCCUACCUGGGCCACAGCCGAGGCCGGGCCCUGCAGACCCACCAGGAGGGCUUCUUUGUCAUGAAUGCGGACCAGGUCUCGGAGAGGUUCGAGUGUGACACCGUCGAGUACCACGUGAACUGGCUGCGACUGCUGCAGUCGCUGCUGCGGGCGAUCAAGCAGCUCCACAACAACGUGGGGAAGACGCUGACUGACAUCAAGUACGAGCUGUCGCACGAGCUGAAGAUGCAGGAGCUGUUCCUGCUGUGGUCCAUGCCGCUCGCCCCGGAGAUCAAGGCUGAGAUCGUCCUCCUCCUGGACUCGCUGGCCGCCUACUGCGUGCACGUGCAGAACCACGGGAUCCAAGAGCUGGGCUCGGUGCACGACAUCGUACUAGUCAUCUGGAGGGACUUCAUGCAAGGGACUGUGCUGCAGACGGUGCAGGUGCUUGACCAGCACCCUCAGAUGAGGCAGCAGUGGACGGCAGGGCAAGUGACAGCCUUCUACGUUGAGUUCCUGGAUAUCGACAGGAGGAGGGGGACGUACAGUCACACCCUCUCGUUCCUCCGCCUCCUCAACACCAUCUUCGAGCGGGAGAUCCCGUACAGGGAUAACACGAUCCAGGUGCUCCAGAGCUGCAUCGCGCUGCUGCCGCCGGCCGAGGCGUCGCAGAGCAACGGGGGCUCGUUCUUGAACGCGAGCCACCGGUGGCAGGUGUCGACGGCGGUUCUGCGCCUUGUGGUCACCUUCCUCAACACGAUGAUGGAGACGAUGAGGAGCGGAUCGAGCGACUGGUCGCUGCAUGGCGGGAGGCCGCUGUUUGACCAGGUCCUGUCCUGGAUCGUGCUCUCCGAGAGUGACGUGGCUAACGGUGGCUGGAGCCUCCGCUCGCAAGUGCUGAGCAUUCUCGUGCUCGGGCUGCAGAUCGCCGAGGAGAGUGAGAUCCAGAGUGAGCUGCCGCACCUUGCCAGCACCAUUGAGAUGGCUCUUCGCCUUUUCCACGUCGCUCUCUCCAUCUGCUUGUCCAUCGAGCAGUACUACACGCUUGCGCUGGUGGACGCCGUGCUGUCAGAGCGAGGGAGAAGCCGAACGAGCGGGCGCAAGACGUCGAGCCUCCUGGUCACCCUCAUGUGCUAUGCAGCCCUGCAAGAGGAGCCGACGCUGGCGGGCAUGGCGAUCCAGCUGCUGCAGCUGAUCUGCAAGGAGAAGGACGAGGAGUCGCCCGAGGCGAACCCGCAGGUGUCCGGCUGCCUCCUACAGCUCCUCCUCGACUCGCUGAGCCACGUGGAGGACGAGUGCUGCACAGCUCACUACCUGCUGGGCUUCGACUGCUUCCAGAUGGGGGAGACGGACCUCAACAGGAUGGCGCCGGCGUGUCGCCUGCUCAACGUCCUCUAUGAGCUGUGCGCGGACACGCAGCGGUGGAGCAGCGAGUGGGAGAUGCUGAACCAGAUGGUCUUUCAGGGAGGGGGGAGGGGGCAGGAGACGAGCAUGAUGGAGAACGAGGUGGAGGCUAGCAUGGAGAGCCGAGCGCUGCUGCAGGGGAACAUGCAGAGGAGGGAGCAGUGCAUGGAGAUCUUCUUCCGCCUCACGAUGCACCGGGGGACUCGGCAGGCGACGAUCCAGUACCUGAUGGAGCCGAGGAGGGUGGAGGGGAAGGGAGCCGGAGGAGGGGAGGGCAAGAGGCUGCAGACCGACGGGCUGCUGGUGAGCCUGGGGAGGAGCAUGCCCUUCGACCUGUUCCAGCGGCAGAACGCAGUGAUCAAGGCGGUGAGGAGCAACAUCAAGGACCUGCUGGGGGGAGGCGAGCUGGGGAGGAAGGAGAGGGAGCAAGGGAUGCCCUUCGAGAAGCUGUGGGACAGCGGGAAGAGGGACAAGCCGGACGAGGAGGCGGAGGAGGAGUGGGUGCGGCAGAUCCCCGAGUACAUGUCCUCGUCGGGGGUGCACCGGGACUCGUCCGAGCUGGACCUGCUCGUGGAGCUGAUGGAGCUCCGCUGGGCGAUCGAGGAGGAGGAAAAGUGCCUGCAGGACGUGCUGGAGUGGAGCAUGAAGUUCUUCCACGUGUGCGGAUGGUACAUGAGGAUCCUUGCCGUGCUGCUGGCGACCUCCCGCUCGUCGCUGGAGGAGGGGGCCGCGUCCUCGAGGCAGAGGGGGGGCGUGUCUAGGGACGACGUGCAGCAACUCCUGCAGGUUCUAUUCGGGGAGUCGGAGUACUCGGGGGGGUAUGGGAACGCCAGCAGCCUUCUAGGAGGCCUCGGGGAGCGCAGCUUCCCCGUGUGGAGCAGGGGCAAGUUCCAGCUGCUGCUCGUGGAGGCCAUCGACGUGCCAGACGUGGAGAUGGAUGACUCCGAGGCGCUGCCGGAACUGCUGGAGGACGCGGACAUCCAGGACUGCACGAGGCCCGUGGACCGGUGGACGGACAUGCUGCUCAUGUGCGACGAGAAGAGGAUGCAAGACCGGCUCUUCAAGGUCCUGUCGAGCCGACGGGUGGACGGGGAGAGGAACGAGAAGCUGCUGGACGCGCUGGCGGAGCACUACAUCAGGAAGCGCAUCCUCGGCCCCUACGACGGCUACAACACGGUCCGACGCUGCAGGAGCGCGAGGGAGCACCUGCUGUGCGGCCUGCAGGACGUCCUGGAGCAGGUGCUGUUCCAGGGGAGCAUGAGCGCGAUUCUUCGGCUGGAGCCACCGGACUACCACGUCUUCCUCUUCGACCUCCUGGACCUCCUCAGGAGGGUCGAGACCUCCCUCUCGCAGCCGCAGGUCGCCUCCCACCUUAUCCGCUGCCUCAGCAUCGUCAUCGCGGCCGUCGCCUCCUCCUCCCGCCGCGACCCCUCGAGCGCCAGCAAGGUUCGCUCCUCCCUCCUCGGCUUCCUGGACUUCAUCAUGGCCCUCCCGAUGAGGACGCAGGCCAGGAGCAGCGUCGCCCUGCGCGGGGACCUUUACGCUGCGAUCCUCAAGCUCCUCGAGUUUCUCAGGAGCUCCAGCGAGCCGCUCGCUGCCACCCCGGGCCCGUCGGGGCGGAGGGUGGGAGAUGUGGAGAGGGUGAUGAAGCAGCACAAGCUCUCGCUCCUCCAGGUGGCGCUGGCCGACAUCGCCGUCCGCCACGACAAGCCGAUGGGAGAGGAGGAGGACAGCAGGGCCCUCGCACUUGGAGUCAUCCAGUCUAUCCUUCCCUGCUCAUCGCGACGGAGCAAGGGCUCCUCCGUGGAGACAGGGGAAGGAGCAGGAGACUCGCUGUCUCUGCGAGGCAUCAUCGCGCACUUCUCGCUUGUGGACCAUCUCACCGACGACCUGGACGGACAUUCUCAGCUCGGGGAGGUGCUGGACGUGACGCGCACAGAGGAGCGGCAGCCCCUCCUCCUUCUCUUCACCUGCAAAGUCUCGAUCCUCCUGCAGCUGGCACAGGACCCCGAGGGGCUGUCGGAGCUGACCGAGGGGAAAGUGAUGCAGAAGCUGGCGAGAGCCUCCUUUCUCCGCUCCCACAUCACGAGCGAGAGUCAGGUCCGCUCGCUCCUCCGCUCCGACGGGACAGGAGGAGUCCUCUGCCAGCGCUUCCACCUCCUCCUCCUCCCAACGCUCAAACUCUUCGUCGCCCUCCUGCAUGACGCGGCGGAGGGGAGCGCGCUUCUGCUGCCUGCCCUACAGUUUCUUUGGAACCACCAGCUGCUCCUCCGCGAGCUCUUCCUCGCCGCGUCUAGCAACGAUGGCGUUGCCCCCGGGGAGGAGCUGGGGGAGCUGGUGGAGGAGCGGCGGCUGGUGGUGGAGGCUGUGCUCCUGAUAGAGAAGAUGGGAGGGUUCAGCCUGAAGCAAGAAGCCUCCGCUCUGCAGAACGGGACAGCGGGUGGUACAGUGCCCCGAGCAGGAUCAGCAGCAGCAGCAGCAGCAGCAGCAGCAGGACGAGGAUCAGCAACGGCGGCAGCGGCGGCGGCGGCGGCUGAGAAGUGGAGCAAGUACGUGAACAUGUCAAGGGAGUUGGACGGGAAGCUGCUGGACUGGAUCGGGGAGUUUGCUUCCGUGCUCUUCCUCGAGUGCUCCAAGUCCUCCUUCUGGCAGCACGUGGCGGGCGACCCGUCGGCUGGAUGGCUGGGGAACUUCUCGUCGCUGCCCUCCAAGAAGCUCUCCAAGGGCGCGAGAAAGGCGGUGCACAUGCUGCAGACGUCUGAGCUCAUCAUGCGCCUCCUCCUCCUCAGAGCUGGCGGGGUGGGGUGGGUCUCCUCCGAGGACCCCUCUCGCCUCCUCGUCUCGCCCUUCCACUGCCUCCGCAUCCUCCCGAGCCGGGAGAAUCGCGCGAUGCUGUGGGAGAGCUCGAGCAGCAAGAAGGACCUCGGCAUGGAGUCGCUCAUCAGCUUCUUCUGCAGGAUCGUGGAGCACUUGUGUGGAUGUGGAGGAGACGCGUGGAUGGGAACCGCCCACAAGGGCCUCGCCAUCACCGACGGGAGGAGCAGCGGGAGGCUGACGAGCGGAGGAGCUAUGAGCUUCUGGUCGAGAUAUUGUGAUCUACAGCAGCAGAGGAUCUCGCAGGAUGACGACGAGGACGACAUGGAGACGAGGCAUAAGAGACGAUCGUUGGAGUUCCAGUUUCAGGCCGUGGACAUGCAGUUUCGUCGCAUCAUGCGCAUGAGCGAGGUCGCCCUGAGCCUCAUCGUAGAGUGUCUGUCGUCCUGCCACGUCCCCAAGGAGGACAAGAGAUCUCGACCCUCCUUCUUCUCGGAGAAUUUCUUCCAGUCCACCAGCGACCUGGAGAGCUUGUGGAACAGGCAGAGGACGGGGGCAGCGCAGCGACUCCUCCAGUUCUACAGGGACAGAUACCAGGAAAACACCUUUGAGUGCGAUUGUGUGUACAUAAAGCAGGUCGUGGAUCGUCUCGCAGAGGAGCUUCAGAGGAUGAAAGCAAUCUCAUGA